AUGAAAGCCUUUCUCCUAAUCUCCCUCGCUCUAACUUCAACAUUCUUCUCCUUCUCCUCUCAGGAAGCCUCACCGGCUUCUGGACAAGGCGACUUACAAACUUACAUCGUGUUUGUAGACGAGCCAGCAGCAGGCCGGAAAUUGUCCACAGAGUCGUCGAAUGAUGAUUUACUUAGCUGGUACACCUCAUUCCUUCCCCCAACCACUCUGAGCUCAAACAACCAACAAGAACGAAUGGUACAUUCCUACCGCAAAGUGGUCACAGGCUUUGCAGCUAAGCUCACACCGCGGGAAGCCAAAGCCAUGGAAGAGAAGCAAGGCUUCAUCUCGGCCAGAGUCGAGCGAUCCGUGCCCCUACUCACAACUCACACUCCAGAGUUUCUUGGCCUACAACAGAAUUUAGGAGGAUCUGAUUGGAAGUACUCCUCGAAUUUCGGCCAAGGACUGAUCAUUGGUCUCAUUGACAGCGGGAUCAAGCAUGAUCACCCUUCUUUCUCCGACGAAGGCAUGCCUCCCCCGCCUGCCAAAUGGAGAGGCAAGUGCGAAUUCAACGGGAAGCGAACAUGUAACAACAAGCUCAUUGGUGCUAGAAGUUUCUCUGCCCAUCUAGGGGAUCAUCUCCCGUCAGAAGAAAUCUACCACGGGAGUCAUACUGCAGGGGAAGCUGCAGGGAGCCCGGUUCGAGGUGCCAAUGUGUUGGGACAAGCGAAUGGGACUGCGAUGGGGAUCGCACCGAAAGCCCAUGUGGCAAUGUACAAGGUAUGUGGAAUGGAUGACUGCCCCGAGAGCGGGAUACUGGCAGCAAUGGAUGCUGCUAUUGAAGAUGGGGUUGAUGUGCUUUCCUUGUCGCUUGGUAUAGAAUCAUAUAAUUUCUACGACGACGUGAUUGCUGUGGGUGCAUUUAGAGCCAUUCAAAGUGGUAUCUUUGUGAGCUGUUCAGCUGGAAAUGGUGGACCAUCCCAGUCUUCUUUGGUUAAUGAGGCGCCAUGGAUUUUGACAGUUGGAGCGAGCACAAUCGACAGGGAGAUCAGAGCAACUGUGGUGCUAGGAAACAAUGUGGAGCUCCAUGGGGAAUCCCUCUACCAGCCAAAGGAUUUGAAUUCGCGCCAAUUGCCAAUCAUCGAUCCUGAAGCAACUGGGAUAAAUGCAUCAGCAAGAUUUUGCGGAGGAGGGUCAUUGAAGAACAUUGAUGUAACGGGCAAGAUAGUCAUAUGCCAUAUGGGAGGUAGAGUUGAAGGAGUCGAGAAGGGGAAAGAAGUGAAGAAUAAUGGUGGAGCAGGCAUGAUCUUAAUGAAUAAUUUGGCUGGUGGAUACACUACUUUUCCUUAUGCUCAUGUUCUCCCUGCAUCGCACCUCAGUUAUAAGGAUGGAAGAGCAGUAAUGGAUUACCUGAACUCCACGCAAUCCCCAACUGCAGCAAUCAAAUUCAGGGGUACCUUGAUUGGCAAGUCAAUUGCCCCACAGGUUGCCUUCUUCUCUUCCAGAGGGCCUAGCUUACAAUCUCCAGGGAUCCUAAAGCCUGACAUCAUUGGACCCGGGGUCAACAUUUUGGCUGCUUGGGGAGUCUCGGUUGACAAUGCUACUAACCCGUUCAAUAUUGUCUCGGGAACUUCAAUGUCUUGCCCGCAUCUUAGUGGAGUCGCAGCUCUAAUCAAGAGUGCCCAUCCAGAUUGGUCCCCCGCAGCGAUAAAAUCAGCCAUUUUGACCACUGCUUACACAUUCAAUCGUGGUGGAAGAUCAAUCACUACGGAGCAGAACGUUUCUGCUACCGUCUAUGAUAUGGGUUCCGGUCACGUGAACCCACUAAUGGCCUUGAAUCCGGGCUUAAUAUACGACCUCCAACCAGAUGAUUUUAUUCCUUAUCUAUGUGGGUUGGGUUAUAAUGACACAUCGAUAAGAUUGAUCGUGCAACGAAAGGUGAAGUGCUCCACUGAACCCUCCGUACCCGAGGCGCAACUGAACUACCCAACAUUCUCCAUUUCGUUGGGCUCCGGUGAUGAGAAGACUUACACUAGAACAGUCACAAAUGUUGGCCUGCCACACUCAACUUACACUUGCAAGGCUUUAUCUCCGGAAGGCGUUGAUGUUAAAGUCGUACCUAGUGAGAUCAACUUCAAGGAGUUGAAAGAGAAAGCAAAUUAUUCCGUGACAUUUACAAGAUUGAGAAAUAUCAUGGCAAGAAGUAACGUUAGUGAAGGUUACUUGGUAUGGUCAUCAAAUGAAGAUGAAUAUAACGUUGUGAGCACUAUUGCGGUCGUCUUUGUCUGA